AUGUUCGAUCUCCCAUUCUCCUACACCGCAAACCCGUCCCGCGUCGUCUUCGGCUCCGGCACAAUUACCCAGCUCCCGGCAGAGCUGGAGCGGUUGGGGUUGAGUAAGCCGUUGCUGUUGACCACCGCACAGCAAGUAUCUCAAGGUGACCGGCUCGAGGAGAUCCUCGGCGGUCAAGAAAGAGUAGCGGGAAGGUUUGGGGAAGCGGUGAUGCACACCCCAACCGGCGUCACCGAGAAAGCAUUGGCGUACGCAAAGGACGUGGGCGCAGACUGCGUUGUGUCUAUCGGUGGUGGCAGCACCAUCGGUCUGGGAAAAGCAAUUUCAGUUCGGACGGGGUUGAUGCACAUCUGCAUCCCCACGACCUACGCAGGGAGCGAAAUGACCCCAAUCCUCGGCGAAACCGAAAACGGCGAGAAAAAAACCCGAACAGACCCGAAGAUCCUCCCAGGCGUGGUAAUCUACGAUGUCGAUCUAACGAUGACACUCCCCGUCAGUAUGUCCUGCACGUCCGGAAUCAACGCCGUCGCGCACGCCGUGGAAGCAAUCUACGCAAAAGCCGGAAACCCAAUCAUCUCCCUCCUCGCCGUCGAAGGAAUCCGCUCGAUCACGUCCGCCCUCCCUACGCUCGUCACCUCACCCUCCGAUAAGGACGCGAGGAGUAAGGCGCUUUAUGGGGCUUGGCUUUGUGGAGUGUGUUUGGGGAGUGUAGGGAUGGCAUUCCACCACAAACUCUGCCAUACCCUCGGUGGCUCCUUCGAUCUUCCGCACGCUGAGACACACACAGCUGUAUUGCCGCAUGCGUUGGCAUACAACCUCCCCUCCCUCACUCCACCCCAAAUCCGCGCUCUCGCAUCCUCCCUCUCCCUCCCCGACACCGACACCGCUACCCCCGAACAAAUCAUCGACGCCCUAAACAAACUCUAUGACGACCUCCCCGUCGAGCGCGGCGUGCAAAGGUUUGGGAUGAAGGAGGAGGAGGUGGAUAAGGCUGUCGAUAUCGCGUUCAGGAAUCAGUAUUGGAAUCCGAGGGGGUUGGAGAGGGAGGGUGUUAGGGAGGUUGUGAGGAGGGUCACUGCUGGGGAGAGGGCGAGGGUUGAUCUUUGA